AUGGUCUUAUGGAGAGUUGCCUCAGAUAUUCUUCCCAUCAAGGAAAAAAUGAUAAGAUUCUUUCCAUCCAUGGAUCCCAACUGUCCUCUAUAUGAUGCCUCACCUGAAUCUUCCUUACAUCUUUUUGUUUACUGUCAAGCAGCCAGAUCUUUAUGGGCUGUUUCUUUCCAUGGCUCUUCUGACAAGGAGGAGUUCCUUUUAUUUGGGGCUUUGGUGUUGGAGCAACUUUGGUUUGCUAGAAAUCAAGCUGUUCACAAAGGAAUUAAGUUUUCCCCAAAUAAAGAACUACAAAUAAUCUUUAAAAAAUUUAAUGAAUACCUUGUUGUGCUCACUGAUGUCCCCUUAGUGUCAUCUAGACCAUUUGUUUAUUCUUGGAACAAGCCUAAGCGAGAAGCUGUAAAGAUAAAUUGCGAUGCGACGGUGGGGCUGGACCAUUCAUUUAUUGCCAUUGUGGCAAGAGAUUGGAGAGGGGACUUGAUUUUCUCCUUAUCUAAACGGGUGGAAACCAACCUCCCUCUCCAAGCAGAGGCCGAAGCCAUUAAUUUGGCGACUUGUGUAGUUGUUAAUCAUGGGUUUGAGAAUGUAGUGGUAGAGAGCGAUGCCAAAGCAUGUAUUGAAGCUCUUAGAGCUCCCAUUGAUGCCAUGCCUUGGAGAAUAUCAACCAUAACUGCCGAUACUCUUUUGUGGGCAUUCCGUGGCCAACAAUUUAUUUUUAGAUGGAGUCCGAGAGAUUCAAACAAAGCUACCCAUGUAUUAGCUUCUUGGUGCCUUGGGGAAAAUUUGUCUGGAUGUUUUGGUCAGGGUUAUGCUCCUAGCCCUUUUAUGGAUGUAAUUAAUUCAGAGCAUCUUAAUGUUGUAGUUGCUGUAUAG